GCCCCGCCGACGGCCGAGGGUCCGGGCUACCUCCGGCCUCCUCCGAGGGCCGGGCCGCCGCGGGCCCGGCACCGCCGGGUUCCCUUCUCUCGGGGGAAGGAGGCGGUGGGGCGAACAGGGAGCCGCGGUACGCCUUCGGCCCCGGCGUUCCCCGGGGAGGGAUGCCGGCAGGGAAGUUAGCGUUGCUUUGGGAAGGGGGCCGGGCCCUGCGGCCCGGUGGGCAGCUGCCGCCUCUGCUUCUCUCGGAGCUGCAGGACGAGGCCUGGGGCACCGCGGGACUCGGGCCUGGAGCCAGGCGCUGCCCGGAGCGGAGCGGGCGGAUUGGUGCCAGCCCGUGUCCCCAGCGGGAGAAGGUUGUCAGUUGCUUCCGCUCCGUAAUGGCGUUGGAAGUCCCGGCAGGAAUGAAUGACCUUCUUAAACCAUCCGGGACUUUUGUCUCUGCGCCUUGGGAGCGGAAGGUCUGUGCUUAAGAAGGGGCUGGGACCUGGGGGUUCUGGAAGUGCGGUUCUCGCUGUUGUGCUCGCAAUCGUUCUGUAACAGCACUUAGGGUGCUAUAAAAGGAAAGUUGCAGGAGCUGGGGGCUUAUGUUGACGAAGAGCUCCCUGAUUAUAUUAUGGUUAUGGUGGCCAAUAAGAAGAGUCAGGAGCAGAUGACAGAAGACCUUUCGCUUUUCCUGGGAAACAAUACAGUCAGGUUUACUGUAUGGCUCCAUGGUGUUUUGGAUAAGCUGCGAUCUGUAACUACUGAGCCAUCUGGUACAAAAUCUUCAGAACCUAAUAUCUUUGAGAGCAACCAUUCUUCCAGCAAAAGUAGUUCAUGUGUGAGUGAUGAGAGGAGGCGUGAGGAUACCUUGCCACCUCUUGCAGUCUCCAGCACUCGAUCUGAGCGAACUGACUCAAGAGUUUCAACCAGUUCACAGGAACAAAGAAACACUGCUUCACGGCAGUCUUGUGAAGAUGGUUCUGCCUCCCGCUUAAUGUCUACAGUCAAGCCUUUGAGGGAACUGUCACCUUCUGAAGCUGUAAUUGACAUUAAACCCGAACCAGAUGAUCUAAUUGAUGAGGACCUAAACUUUGUACAGGAGAAUCCUUUGUCACGGAAGAAACCUAUUGUAACUGUAACUUACGGUUCUUCUCGACCUACUGCUGAAAUCUACCGACCGCCCGCUAGCAGGAGUGCAGAUGGCAGCUUACAGGUGCACAGAUUGCCACAGCAAGGCAACCUGCAGGGGAGCCGGCAGUUAGAAACACAGAGCUGCAGGUCUUUGGAAACAGUCCAGCUGUGCAAUCCAGAAGCAUUUGGCAGCUUAGCAGAGAGUUACAGACCCACCUCCAAACUCAGUGCCGAUAAAGUAGGCAGUGAGGAAGAAGGCACCAGGAAGAGAAGGUUGCCUAUUGUAAGCUCAGUAGUCAAAGUGAAAAAGUUCUGUAACGAUGGUGAAGAAGAGGAGGAGGAGGAGGACUAUGGGCUACGGACUGGAAGCAUCUCCAGCAGUGUGUCUGUACCUGCAAAGCCAGAAAGAAGACCUUCGCUGCCACCUUCAAAACAGGCCAAUAAGAAUUUAAUACUGAAAGCAAUCUCCGAAGCACAGGAAUCAGUUACAAAAACAACAAAUUAUUCUGCAGUUCCACAGAAACAGACUGUUCCAGUUGCACCAAGAACUCGAAUCAGCCCAGAAGAUUCUCACUUAGAUGUAAUCCAUCUGCAAAGCAGACUCCCUGCUCUGUGUUCCCAGCUUCAAGUAGAAGAGCCAAAGGAGCAGACAGUUGAAGGAAUUCAAGGAGCAGAACAAAAGGAGCUCUCUUCUCGGCUGCAGGUGGAUCCCGUCGUUGAGGAUACCUUGCAAAUAACUCAAGAUUACUACGAUGGAGAAUCGAUGGUCCACACUGAUACGAGGUCAUUCAUCUUGAAGAAGCCCAAACUGUCUGAGGAAAUAGCACCACAGAAUCAGCAACUGGGAAAGAGGGCCACAGAGGCAAUGCGAGUGCUCUCGGGACGUCUGAUACAGACACGAGAUCAGAUUGCACAGCCAGAGAAACCUGCUAGCCCCAAGUUCAUCGUGACACUGGAUGGUGUGCCCAGUCCCCCGGGAUACCUUUCAGAUCAAGAAGAGGAAGAUAUGUACAUAACUGAAGGAUUAAAGCCAAUUACCCAAAAUAUAUGUGCAGGCAAAGGAUUGAAAGGCCUUCGAGCACAGCAGAUGCAGAUUGUGACCCGGCAGCUAGACAGUUCUGAUGUGGAAAUGGAACAGUUGAAUGUGCUACAGAAACAGGAGAAGGUGCUCGAGCGCUGCAAGUACUGGCCUGCUUGCAAAAAUGGAGAUGAAUGUAUGUACCAUCACCCCACACAACCUUGCAAAGUUUUUCCCAACUGCAAGUUUGCUGAUAAAUGCUUGUUCAUCCAUCCAAACUGUAAAUAUGAUGCAAAAUGCACUAAACCAGACUGCCCUUACACUCAUGCCAGUCGACGAAACCCACUUCCAUCUCCGAAACCAGCACCACUGCCCGCACAGUCUGUAUCCUCCAGCAGCCCGCUGUGCAAGUUUUUUCCUGCUUGUAAGAAAAUGGAAUGUCCAUUCUACCACCCAAAACAUUGUAGGUUUAACACCCAGUGUACAAGGCCAGACUGCACAUUCUACCACCCAGCUAUUGCUGUCCCUCCACGCCAUGCCUUGAAAUGGACUCGAACUCAAACCAGUGAAUGACGGUGAUACAAAUGGGGACUGAACUCUGCCUCCUUUGGACAGUAGUGGAAAGGACAGCUAACCCCUGGGCACGGGAUGUUAGAAGAAUUCAUGCAUUUUGAACUUUUAAUAUACAUUGUUUUCAUAAAACAAAGUUGAUUGCAUACUUGAAAUGUCUCUAAUUUUCCAAGUUUGUAAGCUUGAGCAAUUUUACAUUUUUUUUUUACACGGUAAGAAGAUGUCUGUGUAAUAAAAGUUUACUUUAAAUUCCAUUAAAAACUUUCAAAGCACAUUUUGUGUUCUGUUUGAAUAAUGUUUCUUGCUCAAGAUUAGGUGUGGCAAAGAAAUGUAUCGUUAUUAGGAAGUUUAUUCCUGUAUUAAGAUUAUGCCAGAAGUACUUUUUUCCCUUCAGCAGGUGUUGGUAUGACGCGCAGUGUUGUCCUAGCAAAAAGUGCCUCAACCCUUUAUCUCUUCACUGGGAAGAAAAAGCUGCUGGUUUGUUGGAUCUUUUUGCCAUGUAAUAGUUAUCAGACCCUGGCUGCUUUCUCAAAGAGUGGCACAGGGGGGCACAAAAGCACUUCAUAGGAACGAUUAAGCAGAAAUGUGAUGUUGUGCUCUAUUCAAAAACCUUACGAAAUUAAACACCACUUCUCUUGAAAGAAAAUGGUUUCAGAUAUCAUCCUUUAUAAGUGGAAGUGAGAACGUAUCUCUGAGUCUGAUUGUGAAGAAUCUCUUUAUCUUGCAGCACACCCAAAUCCUGGACUCGCUGUAAUAAAUUCCUUUGGAAAACUUCCAGUGAAGCUUCCCAGUAAUAUCUUAAUGGGUACCACAAUGAUGGAACGUGGGGAGCAGGAACAUGAAUGCACUUUUUUAUUAAAUGUUUUGUAUCUGUUGGGGAACUACAUUUUCACAAAAAUAUACAAAAGAUUUCUUUUUACAAAUAUUUACAUUUGAUCAGAAAACAACAUUAGCUACAUAUUUUAAAAUGAAAUUUGACAAAUACAGUCUUGAAUUCUGAACCGUGAUGCUCCAGGAAAUUAUUUUUAAGUUUUUUAAAUGUGAAUUAAAGUACUCAAGGUUCAUAAUCAAAUUUAAAAAAAUCUUAAUGCAAAAAUCUGAUGUUUAAUUUAUAUAUAUUUUAUAUAUAUAUAUAUAAUAUAUAUGCUUUACUUUAAAUAAACAUACAACAUUGUUACAGGAAAUAGAUGUUCAUGGUGGAAACCAACAUAGAGUACACUGAAACCCAUGAUCCUUAUGACAGUAAUACAUGACCAUACCUUUGGACUAGAUCAAAAUACUUUUUUUUUUGGUUAAAGCAAAAGGGAUUAUUGGACACACUCCAUAAUGAAACACAACAAAUCUAAACAGACAACUGGAUUUUAAGCUUAAAGAACUACAGUAAAAUAUUCUCCUAAGGUGACCUGGUGGGAGGAGAAUAGCAAAGGACGGGCUCUAGGCUUUGUAACAAUGCUGCAAUGUUGGUCUUUUUUCCCAGGUAAAUGACUUCUUCAAAUUAUGGGGCUUAUUUAUUUAUUUUUCCAAUACCUUCAUUAACUGCCCCUUUCAGAACAAGCUGCCACCGUGAAGUUCUUUUUCCUUUUCAGAGCAAGCAAACUAUCACUCUGUUGCUGAAUUUCAGCAGCUCAGAUGUCUUAGUGCCUACUGUACAAGGUUCAGAGUAAGGCAAGGUGCAGAUUCUUUUCUGCUUGCUUAAAAAAAAAAAGAAAAGAGUGACUAAACCCCGCUUAAAGCUAAAAGUGCGUAUAUAUAACUUUUAAAGGGAACGAGUCUAAUGCAGUUACCUAGAUUGUUACAUUAUUUUAAAUAAUCGCUGUGGUCGUGAAUGUAUGCUUAUGGUAAAUUUCACAUUAAAAAUGCAUCAGCUUUCCUCACAAAUUAACAAUGCAGCUUUUCCAUUAUUUUGUAUAUUUAUGCCGUCUACUCACAACUGAACUAAAAAGCAUAAACUAAGCUCAUAAUUACCAAAUACUGUUUGUUUGUUUUUUGUUUUUUACAAGAGAAUAUCUACUUUGAUUCUGAAAGCACAACACAAAGCUGAGUAGCAGCAAGUAAAGGAAAAACAGAGCAGAGCUAUGGAAGGUACUACCCCUAUUACCCAACAGCACCAACAUUUCACUAAAGUACAGAAAACCAUUUUUUUUCCAUGCAAUUUGUGCCAGCAUUCAUGCUUGGUGGAAGUUAGAUUAGUAGUGCCUGUGGGAGAAUAAUGGCAAAAGAUAACAAAUGAAUUUUUGGAUAUUAUGUGAAGAACUUUCAUUUCCUCCUGGCUUAUAAUCCUACAGAGGCCUGAAAAUAAUUGUAGCCCUACUAAAUCUGCUUUUCAGAACCAAUCAGUGCAAUACUCACUUCAAUAAUUGACAUCUUUAUCAUCAUCAUUCAUCUCCUGCUCAGAUCAACUGAGAACAGCUGACGAUGGCACUAUGUGAAAGCUGUCUGAAAGCUGCAGUUACAAGAAACACCUGGGAUAACAACAUCUGUCCCCUGGGGAAGAAGAAUUCAUGUUAUGAAAGACUAGUGCAGCAUGAACAGUGCUACUCCCAUAGUUUAACUUGUCAGUUCUGUUGGGACCGCUUCAAAGUUCAAACGGUGUGACACAAUUCUAAGAAUGCAGGAAAGUCAGAGAAGUCCUCAAGUCCCAGGCAAAUUGUGAAAGCUGCAGUCAGUGCCAUUCAGCUCCUGGCAUUGCUUGAGCAGAAAGAGUAGCAAACUGUGGUGGGAGUCAAACACAUCUUUAAAACAUGGGAUCAAAACCAGCCAAAAUUAUAUAUAUUUUCUGCUUUCUUUUCAAAUAAGUUCCUACAUGACAUCUGUGCCCAAACCAAAGGAGAAGUGCAAGUAAGUAAAAGACAAAAUUGCUCUGCAGGACUUGAGGUUAUUCCACAGCAAGCAAUUGAAACAAAAAAUUCUGGAUUUUGGCUUUUGAAAGAGAAAUCAAGACACACUGCUUCUCAUGAGCCAAACUCAGCUGUCCUCUAGCAGGUUCAGAAUAGUUCAGACACUUGUGCAGAGAUCUGAUGUUUCUUACCAAGGGUUGUUACACAUGAAAGUCAAGCUUUGUCUCCUCAGUAGAACCAGUACUGAGUUUGGAUUUUUAAGGUAAAGCUUACCUUGAGAUUGCUUUUCCUUAUUUUGUAAUCACCAAUUUGUUCCUACUGAUACGAUUUACAGGCCUACAUUACAUUCCUCUCCUCUGAUUUAUCAUACCUGCAUUUGGAGGCUGAAGACAGAACCACUGCAGGACCAUUCAGCCCACGUGUGCCUCAGAUUGCUCCAUGCACACCCAGGGCGCCUGACAGAGACUGGCUGUGAAGUUUUCCAAUAUAUAAUGUUUCUUUGGUUUAAAAUGUUUUGCUUAAAGAAAGCAUUUAAGGAAACUAAAAUGUGGAAAAAAAGCAGAAGAGGCCUGUUAAGACAAAUCUAUUCUUGGUUUACUUGGGAAAGAUAAGGAGCAUUUUAAAAUACAAUAUUAAACUCUUUUACCUGAGCUCUCAAAAUCACAAAGCAUUUUUCCACCAACACUGCUUGCUACCAAUGUGCAUAUGCUGCAACAGUGGUAACUAGCAUUGGCUGCAGCACCCCUGUGCUAAAUGGUUGUCCCACAGGCACAGGAGUUGAAAAGCAACAAAUAAGAAUCUGCGUCUCCCCAAAAACAGCAAACAAAGUUGCCAGCAGCCUUUCCCUGAGCACUAUUUACUUAACACUACAGUUCUCUAGUCCUCCAACCCUAUAAGCCAUCCCUGAAGACCUGCCAUCUGAAAUAAGACAUUUGUUCUUUGUGUAGAGCUGCUUCCCCUCCACCAGUGCCAGUCCUUUGGCCUUGCCUUUGACUAUUUCCUUUGUUUCCCCCUGUUUCCUUUGCUUCCCACUUUCUCCUUUUCUCUGGGUUUAUAUUACUGGCUUUCAAUUUUCCACCAUUUUCCGUAGUUCAAAAAGUAUAUGAAAUGAUGAUAGUUGCCUAUUGCCACCAUGCUCAGACAGAUCUUAAUUAUUUUUUUUCCACACUGUGAGGGAAAAAGAACACCUGUGCCUUUUCUUUCUUCCCCCUCCUUUUUCUUAAAGAGAUUUAGUUAGAUUAGUUGGCUUAACUGAGUUAACAAAAACCAUGUCAGAGUUAUGACUGUUACGCUGCAAGUAAACUGAGAAGGGGAUGGUAACUUGUUCUAGCAUCAAAUAGACUGGGAAAAAACAAACCCACACACUAAUUACUACUAACUAAUGAAUGAUUUUGGCAAGGUAAUCAAUUGUGGCUCUUAUGCAUGUUAUACACCUAACACUUUUUUUUUUUUUU